CAUCUGGCCCUUUAAGGGCCGCCCUCGAGGAGGUGCCAGGCCCCGGUGGCUCCGGUCUCUCCUUCCUGGUCCCGCGGGCCAGAGACUGUCCGUAGGGCUGUGGGAGGGGGCCGUGCCCGGUGCCAGCCCAGGUGUCCCCGGCCCGGCCCCAUGGCUCUGGUUACUGUGAGCCGCUCGCCCCCGGCCAGCGGCCAGUCCACGCCUGUGGGGCCCGCGCAGGACGCAGCGGCCAAGCGGAGAAGUCGGCUCCAGCGACGGCAGAGCUUUGCUGUGCUCCACGGGGCGGUGCUGGGCCUGCAGGACGGAGGGGACAGUGGCGAUGCAGCCGAGGCCGUGGGUGAGCCAGCGGAGGAGCCCCCGGGGGAGGAGCAGCCUCCCGGGGACCAGACAGACCUUGGGCCUGGGGCGCAGAGUCCCCAGAAGCAGGAGCAGCGGCAGCGCCUGCAUCUCAUGGUGGAGCUCCUGAGGCCCCAGGACGAUAUCCGCCUGGCCGCCCAGCUGGAGGCAGCCCGGCCCCCUCGGCUCCGCUACCUGCUGGUAGUUUCCACAAGAGAGUGUCUGAGCCAGGAUGAGACCAUCCUCCUGGGUGUAGACUUCCCUGACAGCAGCUCCCCCAGCUGCACCUUGGGCCUGGUCUUGCCCCUCUGGAGUGACACCCAAGUGUACCUAGAUGGAGACGGGGGCUUCAGCGUGACAUCCGGUGGGCAGAGCCGAAUCUUCAAGCCCAUCUCCAUCCAGACCAUGUGGGCCACGCUGCAGGUGUUGCACCAGGCAUGUGAGGCGGCGCUCGGCAGUGGUCUUGUACCAGGGGGCAGUGCCCUCACCUGGGCCGGCCACUACCAGGAGAGAGUGAGCUCCGACCAGAGCUGCCUCAACGAGUGGACAGCCAUGGCCGAUCUGGAGUCCAUGCGGCCCCCUGCUGCCGAGCCCAGCCGGUCUUCAGAGCAGGAGCAGAUGGAGCAGGCCAUCCGGGCUGAGCUGUGGGAUGUGCUGGAAACCAGCGACCUGGAGAACGUCACCUCCAAAGAGAUCCGCCAGGCCCUGGAGCUGCGCCUGGGCUGCCCCCUGCAGCGCUACCGUGACUUCAUCGACAACCACAUGCUGCUGCUUGUGGCCCAGCAAGACCGGGCCUCCCGCAUCUUCCCCCACCUCUACCUGGGCUCGGAGUGGAAUGCAGCCAACCUGGAGGAGCUGCAGAGAAACAGGGUCAGCCACAUCUUGAACAUGGCCCGGGAGAUUGACAACUUCUACCCCGAGAGCUUCACCUACCACAAUGUGCGCGUCUGGGAUGAGGAGUCAGCGCAGCUGCUGCCCCACUGGAAGGAGACCCACCGCUUCAUUGAGGCCGCGAGAGCCCAGGGCACCCAGGUGCUCGUCCACUGCAAGAUGGGCGUCAGCCGCUCAGCGGCCACGGUGGCCGCCUAUGCCAUGAAGCAGUACGGCUGGACCCUGGAGCAGGCCCUGCGCCACGUGCAGGAGCUGCGGCCCAUCGCCCGGCCCAACCCCGGCUUCCUGCGCCAGCUGCAGACCUACCAGGGCAUCCUGACGGCCAGCCGGCAGAGCCAGGUCUGGGAACAGAAAGCCGGUGGGGUCUCCCCAGAGGAGCCCCUGUCCCCGGAAGUCUCCACGCCGUCCGCACCUCUGCAGCCAGAACCCGGGGGCAGUGGGGAGGUAAAGGUCAUAGAGCUGGAGGAGAGCCAGGCAGCCCCCAGAGGAGAGCCUGGGCCACGGCCCCGCAUCAACCUCCGAGGGAUCAUGAGGUCCAUCAGCCUCCUGGAGGCCCCCUCCGAGCUGGAGAGCGCCUCCGGGGCCGGCGACCUGCCAGAGGUUUUCUCUUCAAAUGAGUCUUCAGAGGAAGACCCUCCUCCGCAGCCCUGCCCUCGGGUCUCAGGGGCCCAGGGGGGCCGGCAGGGCCGCCAGGGGCCCUGGCCUGCCCUGAAGUCCCGCCAGUCUGUGGUUGCCCUCCACAGCGCCGCCCUGGUGGCCAGCCGGACCCAGGCCUUCCAGGAGCAGGAGCUGGAGCCGGAGCCGGGCACUGCUGGCUGCUCCUCCACGCCCAGGUUCCGGAAGGUGGUGAGGCAGGCCAGCGUGGAUGGCAGUGGAGAGGAGGGUGAGGCCUGAGCCCUCACACAAGCCCGUGCCCCCCUCGACACUAAACGGAGGCCACAGCUCCUCAAACGCUUCUCACUCCUCUCUGCCCACACACUUUCCUCCUGAGUCCCCAGACCCGGCCCUCCAGCCUCACCCUCCUAGAGCCUUGGCCUCAGAGCCUCGACCACCUGGACUUUCUCUAACAGGGGAGGCGGUAGAAAGCCGGAUGGCAACAACACCCUAGUUUCUCUCGACUCCUGCCCUAAAACCUUCACCUGCAGCCACAGGAAUAAAAACAAGUUCGCCAGUCCAGGAAGGCCCUUGUCUCCCUCCCCAUAACCUGCUCCACUUCAUUUCUUCUGGGGCCAACCAGGCCAGGGAACCUGUGGACCCCAAAAGCAGACGGUACCUCAGCCCCCAGCCCUGGGCGCCUCCGAGGCCGUGCGCCGGGCCCCUCUGACGGGCCGGCAGGUAAACUCCCUGGGCACACCUCACAGCUGACCCCAGGUUUCUGCUGGUGCCUUCGGGCCCCCCACGGCGCUGCACUGGGUCACCGGGCACCAGGCCAAAGCGAGUCUUUUUUUUGUCCUUCAUGGCCUCUGGCCAGUCAGUUUUUCACAGUCUUGAUAGUAUCUGGCUUUGUACUUAGAAAUAAAAAUACAUUUUCAUAA